ACUGCAGAUAAGUAAAGGAAACUAAGUACACGAACAAUAUAAACACUUGCUUUGAAAGCAAGUAUAUUAGUAUAUUGACAAACAACAAACCUAGGGGAACAGUUAAAUAUUAAAUCAUUAGUGAUUAGUUUAGUGAACAACUGAACAUCGAAUUUAUACCAUAGGAUACUCACGAAGAAUGGCGUUAUUCUUGAUAUUGAUUGGAAGUACGACAAUAUCCUUAUUUAUUUAUAUGUGGAUAAAAAUUACUAGGCUGAGAAAAAAAUUGAAAUGGAUACCAGAAACUCCAAAAUUACCAAUUUUUGGUAAUAUUUUUGAUUUCAAGAAACCUACAGAAUUGCUGAACGUGUUCGGUCGUUACCUCAAUUCAUAUGAUGGACUCUGUUCAAUCGAAUUAUUAACUCAAAAAAUAGUACUUUGCACAGAUCCUGAGAUGAUGAAAUUCAUUCUAAGUACAACUGAAAUUUUGAAUAAGAGCGAGCACUACAAAUUACUGUCGAACUGGUUAGAACAAGGACUUUUAACAUCUGAUGGUGAGAAAUGGAAAAAAACUAGAAAAAUAUUGAAUCCGUCAUUCCAUUUUUCUUUUUUGACAACAUUUAUUGAUAUUUUCGAGAAAAAUAGUAGACGUCUAGUUGAAUUAUUGGACAAAGAAACUACAAAUGAUAGCGUAGAUGUUUUACCCUAUCUCACAAUGAGUUCGCUAGAUGUUAUAUGUGAAGCAGCAAUGGGUACUUCAAUCAAUGCUCAAAAUAAUCCAAAAUCAGAUUACGUUAGUGCUGUACGAGAAAUGUGCAGAUUUUUGAUGGAGAGAGCAUUUUCUCCAAUAAAAAUGUUUGAUAUAACCUAUUGUUUAACACCUGAUUAUUAUAAAGAAUUGAAAUGUGUCAAAUUCCUCCAUUCCUAUGCUAUGGAUAUUAUAAAUUCAAGACAGCAAAAGAUGAAACUCAGAAGAGAAGAGAAGGUGCAAAUUGAUAAUGACAUGGGAAUAAAGAGGAGAAAAGUAUUUUUAGAUUUAUUAUUAGAAGCCAAUAUAGAUGGUAAACCUCUUACCGAUAGAGAAAUUAGACAAGAAGUUGAUACAUUUAUUUUUGCGGGAUAUGAUACAACGGCUCUAGCUAUUGGUUUCACCCUAUAUUCUCUAUCAAUUCAUAGAGAUAUACAGGAAAAAGCAGUAGAAGAGCAAAAACAAAUUUUUGGCAAUGACAGGAAUAGGAUCAGUACAAUCCGUGAUUUACAGGAAAUGAAGUAUUUGGAACUAAUAAUAAAAGAAUCUUUGAGACUAUACCCCCCGGUAGCAUUUAUUGCUCGAACAGCUGAUAGAGACAUCGAAUAUAAAGAUGGAAAUAUAAUACCAAAUGGUACAACGGUCCUCAUAUUGAUAUAUUGGAUCAAUAGGAACCCGAAGUAUUUUCCAUGUCCUGAUAAAUUUGAUCCUAGUAGAUUCGAGGAUAUUUCUAAUUUACCUCCUUAUACAUAUGUACCCUUCAGUGCUGGCCCCAGAAAUUGUAUAGGUCAAAAGUUUGCUUGGCUAGAAAUGAAAUCAGUAAUAUCCAAGAUACUGAGAAACUACGUGAUUCUGUCAAGUGGCCACAAAAUGAACUUAAUAGCAGAAACUUUUCUGAAGUCUUCUAAUGGCAUGAGAGUGAAGCUCCGAAAAAGGGUCUGGAAUAAUAUAUAGUUAGGUGCUAUUUUAAAGCGGUAGUCACAACAAAAUCUAUUCAAAAUGAAAGGGCUAUGAACCAAUAAAUAUUGGAAAACAAUUGCUCUAUAAAUUCUAAAUUCUAAAUUCUUUUAUAGCUAAGUAUUGACAUAUGAAUGUGAAUAAUUACAAAAAAUUGUAAAAUUGAAUUAAUAAAGAAUUUCAAGGUCGGUGGCUACGUUUGUAAGAAGGUAAGUACCAGUUGUCAAAUUUGGUGGCACAUACAUUUUUAAAAGGUUUGUAUCUAUUGGUGAAACAAAUUUUAAAAGAGUGAUAAGAUCUGAGUUGUUUCUGAUCCAAUGGAAAUUGGGCUAUAUGAGAAAAAGAAAUAAGUUGAAUAAAAAUUUGGCUGAAUAUUGAAUAUAAGAAACUGUUCCAUUGUAAGUACAUUGUGUUCUUGAAAAAAAAAACACCAAAAUUAUUUGUUUAUAAGCCGAAUAACUUUUUUCAUAGAUUUUUCAUUUGGAAUAUUUCAUAGUAAAAUUAGGUUUCUCAAAUUGUAUGGGAAGGGCCUAAUUUUCAACAGAUAACCUAUUGUAGUUAAUCUUCAUUCUGAAGACAAUAGUUAGAAAUCAGAUGUGGUUCCUAUAAAAGUAGUUCAAUCAUUGAAUUAUUUGCUUAAUUAGAUUAUCUAUUAUUUUUAACUGAAGAAACCCUGAAUAAAUUUUUACAAAGUUAUAAAUACGAGUAAAUAUUCACUGAGAUUCUGCCUCACUGUCAUCACUAGAGAAAGAAACGAUUAUCGGUUCUAUGAGAUCAUCCACAAUCCUAUCCAAAUUAUGCCAGUGGAAGUUUGUCACUUUCUUCAAGGCUUGCAUUGGAGAAUCCUUCACAUCUUAUAGUUUAAAAUUAGUAUUUUUGGCUACCACUUCACUUGAGCCUAAAUAAUUUCUAUAGGGCUCAAUUCACAAUGAUAUGGUGGCAACCUAAGUACAAUUUAUUAUUUUGUUGUGUCAUUUCAUCAGUAACAAAUGAAUUAAAUUCAUCUUUAUCAUGUUUUAUAAGAUAUUCAAGUUCAGAUCCUAAUAUGAAAUUGUAAAUAUAAAAGUUAUAAAGUAAAUACUUAGAUUAUCAUAAUUUUUGCUUUUUUUUCUUAAUGUAGAUAUUUUUGGACCCUUUUCCACCCUAAAGCUGUGGUACGAUUGAUUGUCCAUUAUAAUUAAAGCACCGUCUAGCUAUUCUUUUGAAAAAUCCAGAAAAAAAGUUUUAGCAACUUCAUGCUAAGAUCGUGGAUUAUGGAUUAUUAAAGUUUGCCUUUUCCAGAUGGAUUUGUCAAACCUACGGACAAAGAAAAGCAUCUUUUUUAUCUUGAAAAGAUAUAUGUAUCCAUAUUUUGGAGUUUGUACGUCUUUCAUCAAUGUAAUAAAUAAAUGCGUCUCUGUUCUUUCCUGUACUGUUUGAUGGAUCUUUCGUUUGAUGGUGUUGUCUUCUCCAUCUCACAAUAUCGUUGCGUUCAAUUAAAAUCUCUUUUAUAACUUUAUAUAAUGAUGAACUAGUAAUUUGUGGUAAAUCAUUUUUUUCAUUUCAGUUCCAAAUUUAUUCAAACUAGGUGUUUCAUUCCAAAGCAAGAACUAUUACCAAUGCGUCCAAUUAUAUUUAUUGUUGCUUCGCUUUCAACAAUUCCUGGAUGAACUAUUUUUUCAAUGGCUAGAAGAGACAAUUAUGUCAAUGUUUCUAUAUUCAUUAAUAGUACGAUACACAGUCAAUUUAGCAACAAUAAAAUUUUUAUCUGUUAAUUUCAUAGGAAAUUUCUAUUUUCGAUAACUUAUUCAACGUUUCUACAAUUUUUAACACCUUUGUCUGGGGUUCAUCAUCUGAGAUUUUUUCAUACAAAUUCACAAUGUUUUGCUUCUCUGUAGACGAUUAGUGGCCUGAAAUCACAGAGCUUUUUUGAGAGGCGAAUUAUGUCUGCUUGUAGUUGGAAUAUUUUCAAAUUAGUCCUAGCAAAACUGUUUUCAUAUUUUGAGAAAACAAUAACAAGAACGCGAGAAAGAAUAUUGACAUACACUUCUAUAGACAAAAGAUAGAAACUUUUGCAUUCCUUGUAGAUUUAAAAAAAAGUAACAACUAUGAAAUUUGUAUCCGUAAAUUUCAUACGAAGGUGCUAUUUUCGAUAACUCAUUCAACGUCCCUACAAUUUCUAACACAAUGGUAUUUACCUGUGUCAUUGGUUCAUUAUCUGACAUUUGUUCAUACAAACUCACCAAGUUUACUUCUCUGUAGACGAUACAUGGCCUGAAAUUAUAGAGCUUUUUCUAGAGAGUCGAAUGACGUUUGCUAGUAGUUGGAAUAUUAUCUAAGUCCAUUCUCAAAUUAGUUCAGACAAGAACGGUUUUCAUAUUCUGAAAAAACAAUAACAAGAACGGAAGUAAGAACAUUGACAUAUACUUCUAUAGAAAAAAGGUACAAAUUCUAGUAAAUUUGAAUAAAAUACAGUUCCAAUAGGUCACUAGUUUAAUAUUGAUGUUGCCAAGUCAACUUGCUCAGUUGUGCUUUCGCUUGUAUCAAGCAUGGAUUACUGCAUCCCAUUUGGUUACUAUUGACUAGGCUACAUAACGUGGUAAUUUCCAUUACAACAAAAUAUCCGGUCAGUUAUCCUAAUUUAUCAUCUUCAGACUAAUUUCUGGAGUUAUCUAUGAAAUACAGUAAGUACAAGAUACAAUCUCAUAAUUAAAAUGAACUGAAAAUUAUAACAAAUUGCAUAAUUUCAUAUCAGUCUCCAAUAUUCGACUUAGGUAGUAUCAAACAGUAAAGGAGAGACAAAUUUAUCAAGUUGCAUUUGAUUGUGAAAUUAUUUUUCUGUUUUAAUGAUGUUUGAAAUAAAAAAACUUCCCGUAAAUUAUUUUUAUCCAUAAAUGUAUAAAACAUGAAGUUAGAAGUAUGCGUUUUUGACAGU